GAUCAGCAUGGGAAAAAGAAUGAGCUAGUGAACUCUUCUGGAGUGAUACAAGAGGGAUUUAAGAAGAGCUGAGGAGCUGGCCUUCUGCAGUUAUAAAAACUCAGGACCUAUUUAUCUGGAAUGACUACAACCCUUGGAAUUUAUUAAAAAUCAAUUAUAAUACUGUUUUAACAGGUAGUGGCGAAUGAGACAUACAGCUUGUCUCAGUUGGCCAUCUUCACAGAUUAAGUCUAUAGAAUCCAAGCCUUUAUUUGUUUUGACCACAAUAGGAAAUUCUAUCUAUCCAAUUACUGAAGCUUGCAGCAAAUUGAAUAGAUUUAUGGACUCGUAGUUAGAAUUUUAAUUAUAACCUGAAUUUUGAAAACUUUAGCCCUCAGUCUCUCAGUAGGCUGUGUUUUGUGUAAAGCGUCACAGGCCAACUGGAAUCCAUCAUUUAAGCAAAUGAUACCUUCUUGAACAAGAAAUACAUGCCGUCACUUGACAGAAACACUUUUCCUAUUUGCAUUAGUGAGAGUUUUGCUACAACAAAUGUACAGACAGAAAUGGCAUUUUCUCAAAUACAAUUGCCUGGGCAAGUGUGACACAUACUGAAUAAAACAACAUGAAAUACAGAUAACUUGAACUCAAAAGUCCUAAAUGAAGUGGUUGAAGAAAGAUCUCUAGUCCACAGAUAUUACAUGUUAAUAUAGCCUGGAACACACAGGGACAUCCCAGAAGCAUUCUGAUGCUGUACCAUUAUUCACAAAAGACAAGCUCUGUAAACUGGGUAACAAUAGGCUGCUUAGUCUGAAAUCAGAACUGGGCAAAUGAACAGAAAAACUGAUAUGAGAUUCAAUCAGUAAAGAGCUAAAGGUUGGGAAUAUAAUUAAUAUCAGUCAACACGUACGUUUUCUUUUCUCCCAGAUACAGAAGAAAAAGCAGGUGACACUCAUGAGCUGCUCUCUCAUUGAGACUCUUUGAUUCAGGUUGUUAAAUCUAAGAGGAGCCAAAAGCAUUAGGGAAUGUCUGUGGGUGUGCCAAGAAAGACCCACUCACCCACCCAGUCAGCACAGUAAACUGUUACACUACUAUAUCAUUCAGAUGAAUACAAUGGUUUCAGAACUAACUGCAGUGUUCUUUACUGGAGCCAAAUAUCUAGGAAUAAGUGGUCAAUAUUCAUCUCAGCAAAAGGUCUUAACCACAAGUGACGCAAGGUUCCAUAGUUAGACCAAAGGCUAAGAGACUGAACUAGCAAUAUGAGAUGGGAAAAUGUUUAAGGUGUUAGUCUGAACCUGAAGAAUUUGUCAGGAUGUGCAACAAAAUGACAGAGGGAGAAAGAAUAUUCUGGAUGCUGAAUGCUUACAAAGGAUGGAUAGCUCACUUUACCUUUAGGGAGAAUGCUUUUGAAAAAUCUCUCCGCAAUGACCACGACAUCUCUUUGCAGAGAAAAGAGAGGAGAAUUAAAAAGGGAGAAAGAAUAUUCUGGAUGCUGAAUGCUUACAAAGGAUGGAUAGCUCACUUUACCUUUAGGGAGAAUGCUUUUGAAAAAUCUCUCCGCAAUGACCACGACAUCUCUUUGCAGAGAAAAGAGAGGAGAAUUAAAAAGGGAGAAAGAAUAUUCUGGAUGCUGAAUGCUUACAAAGGAUGGAUAGCUCACUUUACCUUUAGGGAGAAUGCUUUUGAAAAAUCUCUCCGCAAUGACCACGACAUCUCUUUGCAGAGAAAAGAGAGGAGAAUUAAAAAGGGAGAAAGAAUAUUCUGGAUGCUGAAUGCUUACAAAGGAUGGAUAGCUCACUUUACCUUUAGGGAGAAUGCUUUUGAAAAAUCUCUCCGCAAUGACCACGACAUCUCUUUGCAGAGAAAAGAGAGGAGAAUUAAAAAGGGAGAAAGAAUAUUCUGGAUGCUGAAUGCUUACAAAGGAUGAAUAGCUCACUUUACCUUUAGGGAGAAUGCUUUUGAAAAAUCUCUCCGCAAUGACCACGACAUCUCUUUGCAGAGAAAAGAGAGGAGAAUUAAAAGAGUCUGCACGUGACAUCACACUGAGGAGAGUGUCACGGAGACAGAGAGCGCGAAUGCUGGAGGAAAGCCAACACAACCCUGGGGCCUAUGCUGCCAUGCUCGUGAAGGCGCUGGUCCCCGAAUUCCAGCUGAGAGCGUUGCGUGGAAAAGUGUGCUUCCUCGGGGCACCCAAUAAGCAAGCCCUGCCCAGGAACCUCAUGCAGAGGCUUGGCGAUUACCUCCUGGAGAGCUUCCUGGAGAUGUCAGAGGAAGAUGACAGUUCCAUCCACCUGUACAUAGACCUUGUGUUCGCCUAGUUGUUUUCCCAGUUUAUUUAAAAAAUAAAUGUUAACAUGUUUGAA